AUGAUGGCUAAUCCUGCUGUGAUCAUAGACAACGGAUCUGGGCUCUGUAAAUCUGGGAUCGUUGGUGAGUGCAUUCCUACAUCAGUCAUACCAUCUGUCGUGGGCUGCCCCAAAGCUACAAAGGGAAAACAUAAUGCUAGUCUAAAAGACUGUUAUGUUGGAAAAGCAGCCCAAGCCAGAAGAGAAGUCUUGAGUUUAACAUAUCCAAUCGAACGUGGCAUAGUAACCUCUUGGGAGGAAAUGGAGAUGAUCUGGAGAUACAUCUUUGGCUUUGAACUGCGUGUGAAAUCCAAAGAGAGGCCUGUUUUGCUGACUGCUGCCCCAUUGACCUCUUUCUUAGAUAGAGAAAGGAUGACUGAAGUCAUGUUUGAAGACUUCUCCGUGCCAGGGAUGUUUGUGGCUAUCCCAGCUACGUUAGCACUCUACUCAUCAGGCCGUACCCAAGGAGUGGUCUUGGACAGUGGACAUGGAAUAACUGAUGCCGUCCCUAUUUACGAAGGGUAUUACCUUCCCGAUGCUGUACGUAGGCUUCAUCUAGCAGGAAAUGAUAUCACCGCUAGUCUUCGGCAAUUCAUGAUGGAGAAUGGCUGCUCUUUUGCUGAAAAGAUGGAAACAGAUGUUAUCCAGGAUAUCAAGGAAAAAUUGUGCUACGUUUCCCUUGAUUUCAAAGUGGAGAGCAAUAAACCAGCAGAAGAAAUGCAACACGAGUACAGAUUGCCAGAUGGCACACAGAUUAUGGUCUCAGACGAGCUUGUCAGAGCACCAGAGUUGCUUUUUACACAUGAGAACACAGAAUUAAAAGAUACUGGAGUUCACACGCUGUUAUUAAACAGUAUUGCAAAAUGUAAUGGAAGACUGCAGGAAGAACUAUACAACAACAUAUUGCUAUCUGGUGGCUCAGCCCUCUUCCCAGGAAUGGAGGAACGACUACUCAAGGAAAUCAAACUUCAUGCACCUCCUGGAGUACCAGUCCAAGUCAUCACCCCACCAGAAAGAAAGUAUUCUGCUUGGGUGGGAGCCUCAAUCUUAACAAGUUUGUCAUCCUUUAAACAUAUGUGGAUUACCCUCAAUGAUUACAAUGACUUUGGGCCAUCUAUAGUGAACAAGAGAUGUUUUUAA